UUCGCCCUCUUCUCAGCUGCUUUCAGUUGAAGGUGUGAGAUUACAAGCGAUCAAAUGGGAGUUGCUGAGAGGAGGAGAGACGCGGAGGCGGAGCUCAACCUUCCGCCGGGGUUCCGCUUCCACCCCACCGACGAAGAGCUCGUCGAGCACUACCUCUGCCGGAAGGCGGCGUGCCAGCGCCUGCCGGUUCCGAUCAUCGCCGAGGUCGACCUCUACAAGUACGACCCGUGGGACCUUCCAGAGAAGGCGUUGUUCGGGCAGCGGGAGUGGUACUUCUUCACGCCGAGGGACCGAAAGUACCCUAACGGGUUGCGGCCGAAUCGGGCGGCCGGGAGCGGGUACUGGAAAGCGACUGGCGCCGAUAAGCCGGUGGUCGUGCCGGACACCGGCCGGCCGGCCGCGAUCAAGAAGGCGCUGGUGUUCUACCACGGCAAGCCGCCGAGAGGCGUCAAGACAGAUUGGAUCAUGCACGAGUACCGGCUCGCGAACCCAAAUCGCUCUGCGACGAACAAGAAAGGCACCCUGAGAUUGGACGACUGGGUGCUGUGCCGGUUAUACAACAAGAAGAACAGCUGGGAGAAGAAGAAGACGCCAGUGAAAACAGAGGCGGCGGAGUCGCCGGAGACCAUCGCCGACAGCUUACGUACGCCGGAAUCCGACAUUGACCACGAAGGAUAUCCUGCCGAUUUCGACGAGCUAAUCCAAAGAGGUGGAUUCUAUCCCAAUCAGACAAUGAACGACGAGAAGCACAAGGAAGAGAGCGACUGGUUCACAGACUUCAACCUCGACGAUUUGCAGAGUCCGUUCGCCGAAAUCGAAUCAAUCGAUGUGUGGAGCCAAGAUGACUACUUCCCGUCGGUGUUUUCUCCAUAUUUUAAAUCGAGUAUGCCUUCAUUUUGAGAUCGGCGGAAGAACAGAGUGGCCCUCUGUUCUUUGAUAGAUUAGAUGACCUGAAGAAACCUUUCUCGGCGAAUUCAGUAUUAUUUCACUGGGGAAAGGAAUAUUUUUUUUUAACUUAUUUUUUAUAUAGUUUAUUGACCAAAAUAUGUUGGAUAAAAAAUUUACAAGAUAUUAACUGAAUUUAAUUCAAAUGAAUUAAAUUCACCUAUAUGUUGAUAUGAUCUGAAUUGAUAAUUUCAAACUAUCAAUAGAGAUUAAUUUUUAUUAA